CACCUUCGGCGCGUUUCCCCCUCCUCCUCCUCCUCCUCCUCCCCCUGUCCCCGACCCGACCCGACCCCACCCACACACCCUCUCAUCCUCCGAUCCCAUCUCACAAUUCCCAUUCCCCACUCGCCGUCGCCGCGGGUCGCGCACUCCAGCUCCAGCGCGCCGCGCGGUGCUGCUCUCCCCGCCCAUGUGACGCUCGCGAGUCGCGCUCCCCCCCCCCCCCCCCCAGUCAGCAGUCCCAGACCCCAAUCCGCGGCGCCGGGCGGGGAACCCGGAGCGGGCAAUAAAGACCCGAGGAUUCCGUUCUCCGUGGCGGGGAUGGGGCAGGAGGGGAUGGGGUACAGCAGCAAGGGCGGAGGAGGAGGAGGAGGAGGGGGAGCGGGAGGGCUGCCGAUGACGGCGCCGCGGCCGCGGGGCGCGUCGCCGCUCCACCACCACAGCCGGUCGCGCAAGAUCCACCGCACUUUCAACAACCUCAAGAUUACCGUGCUCUGCGGCCUCGUCACCAUCCUCGUCCUGCGGGGCACCAUCGGCCUCAACCUCUCCCUCCCCUCGCAGCCCUCCGACGCCGACGCGCUCGCCGACGCCAAGGCCGUCGAGGACAUCGACCGCAUCCUCCGCGAGAUCCGCUCCGACUCCGGCCCCGACCCCGACGACGAGGGCGACUUCAGCGCCGCCUCCGGGUUCAACGCCUCCGCGCUCAGCGCCACCGAGGCCGACGCGGCGUACGCGGCCGCGGUCGGCAGAUACGCGCUGGGCCCCAAGAUCUCCGACUGGGACGCGCAGCGGCGACGCUGGCUAGCACGGAACCCGGGCUUCCCGGCCACCGUUGCCGGGGGCAAGCCUAGGAUUAUGCUCGUCACCGGCUCGCAGCCGGGGCCCUGCGACAACCCGCUCGGUGACCAUUACCUGCUCAAGACUACCAAGAACAAGAUCGAUUACUGCCGCAUCCAUGGCAUCCAGAUCGUCCACAACCUCGCGCACCUUGACAACGAGCUCGCGGGAUACUGGGCCAAAUUGCCGCUGCUGCGACGCCUCAUGCUCUCCCACCCGGAGGUCGAGUGGAUCUGGUGGAUGGACAGCGACGCGCUCUUCACCGACAUGGCGUUCGAGCUGCCACUGUCGCGCUACGAUGGUCACAACCUCAUCAUCCACGGCUACCAGGACCUCCUCUUUGAGAAGCACUCUUGGAUUGCUCUCAACACCGGCAGUUUCCUCUUCAGGAAUUGCCAGUGGUCGCUUGACCUACUGGACGCGUGGGCGCCCAUGGGCCCCAAGGGCUUCAUCCGCGACCAGGCCGGCAAGGUACUCACGGCGAACCUCAAGGGCCGGCCAGCAUUCGAGGCCGACGACCAGUCGGCACUGAUUUACCUCUUGCUCUCGCAAAAGGACAAGUGGAUGGACAAGGUGUUCAUAGAGAAUUCCUACUACUUGCAUGGCUUCUGGGCUGGGCUGGUGGACAAGUAUGAGGAGAUGAUGGAGAAUCACCACCCAGGCCUUGGUGACGAGCGGUGGCCUUUUGUGACUCACUUUGUUGGGUGCAAGCCAUGUGGGAGCUAUGGGGACUACCCAGUGGAGCGCUGCCUCAGGAGCAUGGAGCGAGCGUUUAAUUUUGCCGACAACCAGGUGCUUCGGCUAUAUGGUUUCUCACACAAGGGGCUGGAAAGCCCCAAGAUCAAGAGAACCAGGGAUCAGACAACCAGACCGAUUAAUGAUGUGGAGAACUUAGAUAUGAAGGCCAAAAUAUCCACAGUUUCCUGAAAGUUCAGAUGAGAGUUGGUGGUUUGGCAGUUGGAUACUUGCUUUGACUAUCAACAAGGUCAGAGCAUUUUGUGAUAUGGGGGAUAUGGUUGUUCUAGUUUCCACUCUCUUGCUCUCUCUUUCCUUUUUGUUCACCAAUCUUUAUUGUUAUGUGACAGCUAGAGAUUGCAAGCUUUGUUUAUUAUGGAGUUAAACACGAUAGGAUCUCAAAUCAGAUGGAAAUAGUCUCGCUUUUGUACUCUGCCAUUUCAUUUUUGUGCUAGGUUCUUGUGGAACAUGCAUCACUGAUAUGUGGAGUUUGUGCAUGAUAUUAGACUAGUUGUUCUCUAUUUAGUUGUUACCUUUCUUA